CUCGGCGUGGCCGCCGUGGUCUGGGACGCGGCUGUUGUCCUGUGUGCUUACUUGGAGAGUGGAGGCAUUGAUCUCAGGGACCAGUCUGUGAUUGAGCUGGGAGCUGGAACUGGAUUGCUGGGAAUAGUGGCCACGUUAUUAGGUGCUCGCGUUACCAUCACAGACCGGGCAGUAGCGCUGGAGUUCCUGGAGUCAAACGUACAAGCUAACUUACCUUCUGCACUACGUCCAAGAGCUGUGGUGAAGGAACUGACUUGGGGAAAAGACCUGGAUAACUUCCCUCCAGGAGCAUUUGACUUCAUCCUGGGCGCAGACAUCGUUUAUCUGGAAGAAACCUUUGCAGACCUGCUCCAGACACUGGAGCACCUAUGCUCAGAGAGAACCGUGAUUCUUCUUUCCUGUCGCAUCCGCUAUGAAAGGGAUCACAAAUUCUUGAAGAUGCUGGGAGGCCGUUUCUCUGUGUAUGAGGUCCACUAUGAUUCCAGUAAGGAUGUUCAUAUCUAUAAAGCACAGAGGAGUAGUCACAAGGAUGACUUUUGACUGUAUGCUUUGUUAAUAAAACCACUGAUGCUGUUCAAUCCUCUCCUUGUUUCUACUCAAUACACUUGUCCCUAAGCAUGUA